CUGUUGUAUUUCCGCGUGCUUCCGCCGCGUGUCAUACCCAAGGUUAUUCGAACCAUAUCCUCUCUCGGCGCGGGUCACUACUUUCUGGACUGCAGCACUUCAUAAUCCACAGGGAUGGGCAUGCUAUCCCAGCUGUCCAUCUUCCUGUGGAAGAACCUGUACGUCCAGAAGGUAAAGCGCCACUACGUCCUGACCGCGGCAGAGCUGGUAGUGGCGCUAGCAGCCUUCGUCAUGGUGGAGAGAGACCGACCCUUGCCACCCGACAACAUCCCCUUCCCUCCUUACCUGGCACCGGCCUCCGUGUACAAUCAGCAGAGAGAGUUCAUACUCAGCAAGCCCAGAAAGGUGCUCUACUUCCCGAACACUCCUGACGUGCAGCUGCUGCUCAUGGACGCCUUCCCUGGCAUCGAAAUUGAGGGCUAUGCCAACCACGACGCUAUGAUUGCGGGCUACCAAACGCAGGCGCCAAAGCCUGACUUGGGGCCCGACCAGAAUAUUAUCACCAUACAGAUCGACACCUCGACCAACCAGACCAACCUACAGUACAUCAUAGGAUUCUACGACAACACCAACUUCCUGUCACGGCGUCUCAAGAACAACCCAGUCUUCGAACCCCUCCCAGACGCAGUGACCCAGCGGGUGACCACAGCGUUUGCGCAGAUAGCCGUCAACCGAGCGCACCGCAAGAUGGUCCAAUCACGAUCGAAAGGCGUCACUGCACCAAGCUUCGAGGUAGCCAUCCAACGGCUCCCGGAGGGACCGCAUCCACUGGAGUCGGAGAGUCGACGUAGCUUCAUGGCCACGAGGAUAGGCCUGGCAUUCAUCUUGCCCUUUUGCGUCUUCAUUACGCGCCUGGUCAAGGAGACGCACACGGGCAUGAAAGAGAAUAUGCGUCUCAUGGGCAUGAGGGACUUUGCCUACUGGAUGGGAUACUACCUGACUGCUAUCAUCUUUGGCAUGAUUAUGAGCACGCUCAUCAUCGCGUACAUGUCCUUCGUCCCUUAUCACAAUCAGAGAUUUCUGGACGGCACCAGCAAGACCGUUGUAAUCGUUAUCUUCUUCCUCUUCUGCUUGCAAUAUGGCAGCUUAGCCAUGUUUCUGUCGCUCUUCUUUACAAGCAUACCGGCGUCCAUUGUGUUCUCUUUCGGAUUUUGGUUGACAUCUUACGUGGUGCCCACGGGGACGCUCGAGGUCUGGCAUGGUUACUCUGCCCAUUACCUGUUGCUGAGCCCGAGGACCAAGCUUGUGAGCUCUUUCUUUCUCCCCUGCAUGGGUCCCCACUGGUGCUUCAGAAUCAUAGGGUGCGCGAACCUCGUCGGCGAAGAGUACGGUUGGGGUUCCGUUUUCUCACCAGUACUCAAACGGGAUAACGUCUCCAUGAUCAGGAUUUGGAUUGCGAUGCUGACAAGCACAAUUUUGCAAUGGGUACUGUUGUGGUACUUCGGCAACGUUCUUCCAUGGGCUAAAGGUGUGCCUCGAUCGCCUUGGUUCCUCUUGUCGCCUCGUUACUGGUUCGUGUCGGGUCCCGGGUCCUACCAACCGCUGGAGCAGGCCCUGCCUGAUAAUGUGCGCUUUGAACUUGAUCCUCCGGGUGUUGAGGCGGCAGUGUUUGUAAAUCGCCUCGAACUUGAAAAGACUCAAGUGUUCAUCUUGCACGAGACAACUUUCAAGGCUUUUCCCGGUGAGAUCACGGUUGUGCUGGGCCCGACGGGAUCGGGCAAAACUGCACUUGUGCGUGCCAUUACAGGCAUGCUCGUGCCAGCCAGUGGGCAGGUCAUCGUGUGUGGAUUUGACAUGGCACAAGACACUCGCGAGGCUCGACAAAAGCUGGGCCUGUCUCAAAAGCACGACGUACUUUUCGACGACUUGACUGUUCGGGAGACACUGCGAUUCUUCGCCGUACUGCGAGAUAUUGAGGGUGACGUCGACGCACGUGUCGCGCAGAUAUUGGAGCUCGUUGGGCUGCGCGAUGUCUGGUCUACCGCGGUGUCCAACACCCUGAGCUUGACGAAUCGGCGCUUUCUUUCCGUCGCCAUAGCAAUCGUGGCUGCACCUCGUGUUGUUGUGCUCGACGAACCUCUCUACGGGCUGGACACUGUUGAUCGAAGACGAUUAUGGGGUAUACUGCAAAAGGUGAAGGCCACCGGUCCUACGUCCCUGAUCGUGACCACAUCCAACGUGGAGGCCGAGAUGCUCGGAGACCGUAUUGCCAUUCUAGGUUACGGUUCCCUCAAGUGCCAUGGCAGCCGGGCGUUCUUGCAUCGUCGUUUCGGGUGCGGAUAUAACAUUCGUUUUACGAAGCUGCGGAAAUUCCAAGCCAAACAGUGCGUCGACAUAGCCAAGUCUCACGUGCCUGAAGCGUAUAUCCUAUCUGAUCACAAAGACGCUCAAGUGGUAAGCCUAGGGGAAGCUGCGCCUCCUGAAAAGAUGGCGGCUUUGCUUCAACGCUUUGAGAAGGACAACGUCAAAUUGGGGAUCGGACACAUGUGUGUCUUCGCUACGACCAUGGAGGACGUCUACAUUCGCCUUGUCCUGGAACUCGAGGACAGACCGGAACGUGUCAGGGCCGGAGGAAAAUCAGUGCUGAUGACACGGCGUGGCAGCAGACGUAUGAGCUUGAUGACUGGCUUUGCCGGUGACCUGGACCUGUCUGGCGAAAACGUUGCCAUAGCUACGAACAGGUUCAUAGCGGGCGUGGGAUCCCAGGAAGAAUACUACGAGUCCGAAGUACAGGUUGAGGCCCACGUCCAGGAACUCUGGGAACUGAAGCCCGGGCGGCCGGGCACCCUGCAAGUCCUCAAGGCCCUGCUGCUAAAGCGCUUGUUCUACACGCGGCAGUCAUGGGCACUGCCGCUCUUUUGCUGGCUGGUGCCGACGGCGUUCAUGUUCUGGAUGUGUUAUUUCGAAAAAUCGAGGUACGGAAUCGUAGAGAGCAGCGUAGAAGUUUCCCCGGACAACAUCGUCUAUGAUUUGGAGCUGGUUCACCCGAACGCGAAGGUGUUCGUGUCCUACGACAUCAACGGCAUGGCGCUGGCGCAUAACAUCUACAUGCCGCUCGUGGAAGAGCACACGGGCCAGGUGACCACGAGGGAGGACAUAAACCAAUUUCUGGACGCACUCUCCAAGGAGACAGCUCCCGAAAUGAACUUCUUUUUAGGAGCGCGGUUCACUGAAGACAAACAGCAGAAAUCCGGUCAAGCCAUUGCGUACUACUAUGGUGACGCGUAUCAUACGGAGGUGAGUGGAAGAACAAGAGCUUUAUUGUCAUAUUACGAUUAUAGUAAGUGCACGAAGCGAGAUGAAAGUUGGUGCGAAGCGAGUGGUGGUGACCAACUUUCAUAUGAUGUGAGCCUGGCCAUGAGCGGUGAACAGACGGAGCGGGAACCAGUGGGAGGCUACGGUGUUAGCAUAUGCGUCAUGGGCGGACUUCAUGUGGAACGUCCGUCUGGAAAGCCUGGCGGAGAACCCAGAGUAGCCACAGCUGAUGGUGGGACGCGAACACGAAGGCAUUUGCCACAAACCAUGGUGUUAGAAGUAAUGCACGCACUGUUCUCCAUUUUUCAGUCCCUCUCUCUGAACCUCGUCCACACCGCCCUUCUACGCACCGUUUCUGGAGAGCCCACCUCCAAGGUGACCGCCGCGUUCCGCCCCAUUCGCAGCGACACAGUAAAAGAGGACUCCAUCCGGCUCAUUCACAACAAUCGCACUAAACUGCUGUCCCACAUAAGCGCCCACCGAAUAAUACGAUUCAUCGUCAUCCCCUGCGCAACGGCUACGUUGCUCGCCAGCUUCGUGUUCUUCCCCAUCGACGAGCGCGUCACCAAGGCAAAAAGUAUGCAGCUCCUGUCUGGUGUCUCUCCCCUGUCCUACUGGAUGGCAAACUACCUUUGGGACUUGGUGUUGGCACUGGUCUCUAUGCUCUGCAUGUUCUUUCCGGUCUUCAUGUGCCAUCCCGGCACCGUAGCUAUCAUGGGCCACAUUGUCUUCCUAACCCUCUCCUAUGUCCACUGUAUGGUGCCCCUCGUCUACUACUUCUCAUUCGUGACGGACUCGAUGGCUGCUGGCUUUCUUGAGCUGGCAGCGUUACUGAGUUUUUCUGGAAUCACGUCGACGCUGGGCUUCCAGCUCCUGAUGAUCAAGACCGACGAAGGAGUCUCUCUCUUCGCCCCCGUCAAGCGGUACCCUUUGCUCUACCUGUUGUACUUCGUACCGCCAUUUAGCUACCACUGGUCGCUCGUCAAGGUGGCGCAGUUGACGUGGGAGAAUUAUAUUUGCUCUACGAGCGCCCUCUAUGAACUGCACGACAUCUGUACCUUUAUACAGGCGAGCAAAGACGACGGAGCAGUGUUACUCACAGGAUUGCGCUACUGUUGCGGGGAAUUCUUCAGGCACAACUUCACGUACUUGUCGACUCUGGGUUCACUCUCAUUCCACCGAGACUCCGCUGCAGUGGAGUUGAUAAUACUAAUCCUCGAAGGUAUCGUCUUUAUGAUGAUAUUGGUAUCUGUGGAAAGUGGUGCUCUCAAGCCUCUGGCUGGUUCCAAAAGCGGUCCAUCAUCACCACAGCAGCUGAACGCGGACGUAGCUGAAGAACGGAGGGCAGUGGAGAAGAUCGUUGCAGAAAAGGACUUUGAGAAGGCCGCCCUGAUAGUUAAUGACAUUCAGAAAACCUACUGGAGAACUCCGGUGCUCCGAGGCGUGAGCUUUCUGAUGCGUCCUGGAGAAUGUCUGGUCGUACUUGGUCUUCGAGGCUCUGGGAAGAGCACGCUCCUGGAUGUCCUCGCGGGUACUGAGCCUCUGAAUGGUGGCUCGGCCUAUAUGACCGACGGCACCCCCUUGUCAGAUCUGGAGAUGUGGCAACAACGAAUCGGGGUGUGCCCUCAGUAUGACGGAAUAUUGGGGAAGUUGACAGUCCGACAGACGCUGUGGCUGUAUGCUAACCUUAGGGGCAUCGACUCCGACAGAGUGGAACAAUUGGUUUCUCACGUAGUGGAGCUGUUGAACUUGCGGUAUUAUGAUACGCUGUAUGUGUCGUAUUGCAACGCCUCCACGCGGCGGAAACUUGCGGUGGGCAUCGCCAUCAUCGGCCUGCCGCCUGUUGUGUUGAUGGACGAUCCAGCGGCUGGCCUGGACUACUUCGCCAAAAAGAAAAUGUACGACACAAUUCGCCUUAUCCGGACGCUGGUCAAGGCUGCUGUCGUUGUCGUCACGCACAGCAUGAGCGAUUGCCACGCCGUCAGCGAUCGCAUGGCCCUCAUGGUGAACGGCCAGUUCCAGAGCAUCGGUACCAUCAAGGAAGUGCGUACGAGACUCUGCAAGGGCUGCCAGCUCAGUCUACGAUUCUUUCCUGCGCAACUGCAGGAUCCUCUCACUGUUGCUCACAUCGAUACUACGGUCAGGAAGUGGUUUCCAGGUGCCAUGUUGACUGCUGCUCUCCACGAGCAGAUCCUCGAGUACAGCGUGGUUUUGACCAAGAGCUGGAGCGAAACGUUCCGCUCGCUGAACGACCUCAAGGCUCAGCUGCGGGCUCAGGACCUUCUUAUUGGCGAAGCGACUCUCGAACACGUCAUGCUUCGGUCUGUGCGUCGAAUGCCUACUCAGCCUAAUGUUCGUGUCUAGCGACUUUAAUGUCUAGUGCCAUUAAAGGAGUCUUCUGGUA